AUGGCGCCCGUCUCCCCGGCCUCCUCCUGCUCGGAACCCGACCAGCCUACUCUGGCUGAUAUAGGAGCUGAGAUCAGACGAUUGGCAGCCAAUAUGGUCACCAAAGCCGACCUGCAGUCCCUCACAGCCACCCUCACGACCUCCCUCACGUCAGCAGUCUCAGCACUGCGAACAGAUAUGGAGGCACAAGAUGGACGCAUCCAAAUGCUGGAAACACAGGCCCUAGAAUCACAACGCCGUGCAACUGCUGCUGACACAGCCUUGACAAGGCAGGGCAACAUGCUGCUGGCCCAGUGCAGACAAAUAGAGGACCUAGAUAACCGGAGCCGCCGCUCAAACAUCCGGGUAAGAGGGGUACCAGAGG